UGUCCUUUUACAAUGUACACGCGCCUCUUUUUGUUGCAUGGGGACCGCCAGGCCCUACCUGGUAGUUCAACACGAAAGGUAGCCUACUUGGUUAGACAGCUUGAUGUACCUUGGACAGAUUGGAUGCUGUCUACUUUUGGAGGGGUUAGUCUGUUGGUGUCGCAGGAGGCUACCACUCUGCCCGAACAUUCAACAUUAAAGGGUGGCUAG